AUGACCUGCGGAAUACGACCGAGGUUGAAUAACCUCUCUUCGAUAUGGUAUACAAUAUUAACGACACUUCUGCAGUGUUACCUGCUCUACCUAGGAUUCGAAAGAUACCGACUAUACAACGAAAUAAAAUGGCCGACCGGAGGAUAUCCCUAUGGCUACCUCAUGGCAUAUGCUAUCAUCUACUUCAGCUCGAUUAUUGCAACAUUCUUAUUCUUUGCCAGUGGUAUUUUCAAGUCUGGAAACAUUGCGGGUGAUAACGAACGACUAGCUGAUCGUGAGGAACGAGUGAUCGAAGUGUCUCGGAAUAGGAACGGAGAGAAAUCUGGAUGCGUUCAUGCUCUCAAGGUUCUUUGGCAACAUCUUCCACCACUUCCCCAACAACUUCAUGUUAUAAUUGCCAUUUCACAGUUGAUAGCUCAACAAUUGAUGUUCUCUCAGCUCUUCCGACAUGGUUUUGUUAACUCUGGUGACUUCCUGAACACUGAACUAGACUUUUUGUACCAACGCUCUCGACAACUAGCCACUAACUUGCCGAUUGGAGAGACAAGACUACAAGGAUUCAGAAUCACUGCUGAUGAACUCGCAGGACUUCCAGUUUCCCCAAACCUCCUUCCAGUUCUUAUGCACAUGAAAUUGUUUGGAAUCCCACUGGAAUUUGUCAACUUGUUCAUUGCUCUUGUCGCUUUUGGCAUCACCUACCCAGCAGUAUUCUGGAGAGUUUCCAAACCUUUCAGCUUGAUUUUCUCACUGCACCUGGUCAUUUACUCGGCGCAAGUUAUAUGGGGAUAUAUCUCGUUCUCCGUGUUAUUCCGAAUCCAGGAAACCAACAUUCAUAAUGUGAGACCUGUUGGACUUGGACAGUAUCUCAGCCCAAUCAAGCCACUGGGAUUACAUAUUUAUCAUCCAUAUGUUAUCUUGGGAUCGUUUGUGGUUCGACUUGUCAUGACUACUCUUGCACCAAUGGCAAUGUACUCUUAUGGAUACAAUAAGUAUUAUGCUAAUGUUCUAAAUGUACAACAUCGGAAUGCUGCUAGAACAUCACAGGGACAAAGUGAAUAUGGAGACUAUCGAAGACGAUCAUUCACCAGAACAGACGGAAACAAAAUGUGCUGUGAUGGAUAUCUGCCACACAUGGAUGCUAUUGCACUUCUUGUGAUCGUUGCUGCAGCGAUUGGUCCAACCAUUUAUGCAUUGCUGAUUCUCUACCAACACGAACAGAAAGCGUUGAUCCUGACUUGCAUCAUCAUUGAUGUUAUCUACAUGUUCUCUUGGAUUUUGAUGUGGCUUGGAAUGACACUUAAACGCGAUUGGAACUUUAAUGUUACACACAAAGUUCAUCAGUUCUAUGGUUUGAAUAAAGGAAUGGCUAUUGGACCAAUUCGUGGAAACGAGAAUCCAUCACAAAUGAAAAACUCGGUUCUUGUUGUUCAUCGUGAUACGAUGUAUGUUACCGACGACCAAACUGCGAAGCAAUCUCUUCUCCGUGCCUGCCAUACUGGAAAGUUUGAAUCAAUCAGUCCACCAGAUGAUGUAUAUUGGAAACAAGGUCAACAGAGCCCUGCUACACGUGCUAAGAUUCUGACUGAAGUAGAUGGCGUGAAGAAUAGUCCGGAGAUGUCAAGAUUGUUGAGAAUGGGAACUGAUGACACUCAACAAACAAUGAGCUAUCACUCAAAUGGUGGUCGUAACAUCAGUCAAGCUCAAAUGACCAAUUCUCAAAUCAUGCAACGUGGAAACAGUUCUCCUCCAGGACCAAGUCAAUUCGGCACAAUUCAAAGAAAUCAGCAACAACAAUAUGGACAAAUGGGUACUCUACAACGCGGACAAAGUGGCGGAACUCUCCAGCGUGGCGCCAUGGUACAUGACAAUGUCUGGAAUCAGUAUACGGCGAUUCAAAAGAAAGAGGAGCAGCAGCAGCAUAUGAUGGGACAGCGACGAGAUAGCGGCGAGGGUGCAUACGGAAGAGUUGAUAGUACAUACGGAAGUUACGCAAGAAUUCCAAAUGUGUCUCGAAUCCAAGUAACUCCACAAGGAAGUCAAAUCCGUGUUAAUGGCUAUGGCGGUCUUCAACAAAACACUCUCCAACGUCGAGAUAUGACUCCACCACAACAUUCGCAACAACCAUCACUAAGCUCGAUCCGUCAGUCGCCACUUCUAUCGGAUCGAUCUGGAAUCAAUGUACCUCCACCUCAACCCCUUGUCAGCAGAGAGCAGUCUCCUUAUCAAAGGUCAGCCAUAAAACUCACAUCGUUUUCUGAGAACAAGGAAAGUGGAAUAUAUGGAUCCAGUGGAAUUGGUUCUGGAAACACUGUUCAAUGGGGUGGCACUCAGAGAGCUGCACCAGGACAACCUGGACAACUAUUAUGGAACCCGCCAAGCAAUACAAAUGGACAUAAUAAGUCAUCGCUAACCAGCACAACAACCUCGUCGCAAAACGAUGAACAAUGCUUUACCCCAACUUCCACACUAACAAGUCACGGAAGUAAUUAUACACCAACACCUGGAUCACCACAAGGGUCGAAUGCGAUCUAUUCACGGAUAAACGGAGCAUCAUCGACGUCUUCGAAUUUGUACGGAGUGGCUACGAAAGAGAGUCAGUAUGCUGAUAGGACACUACAGAAGGCUCCGAUCAAGUCGACUACAGUGACUACUGGAAACACGAUAUUACGUGCUGUAAACGGAACAGACGACACCGUUUCGAGUUUCUCUCGCCCACCCACUGGUGCACUUAACCAAAACGACUUUGCUACCAGCAUUGUGUGA